CUUCUUCACUUCUCUGUCCUCUCUCUCACACACAGUUGUUCUCUCAAAGCUUUUACCUUUAGAGGAGUAAAGAAAAUAAAGGAACACAGAAGAUGAUGCUAGGGAAGAGACCCAGGCCGAGGCCACCGAUGAAGAGAACAACAAGCUUGUCAGAGAUCGCUUUUGAUCUAAACACAACCGGCGUUGAAACUCCGCCGUCUGAUCCACAUAAUAACACUCACCCGAAACAGGACGCUGGCCUUCCUGGUGGCGUUUGGGGUCCACAGAUACAGGCUAAUGGUGAUGGUAGUGGCGUUGAUGGUGGAGGGUUAGAUCAGCGGUUGUUGGCGUCGGUGUUACCUAGAGUUCAUAGAAGACAUUCAGCUGAUUUCAUGGAAACCCCUCAAUUCUUGAGGUCUUGCGGCCUUUGCAGACGUCGCCUUGUUCCCGGACGUGAUAUUUACAUGUAUAGGGGUGAUAACGCAUUCUGUAGCCUAGAGUGCAGGCAACAGCAGAUGAACCAAGACGAGAAGAUAGAUAAAUGUUCGGUAGCAUCGAAGAAACAAGCCUCCGCUUCAUCUGCUGCAAGAUCCAGUGUCUCCGCCAAAGGUGAGACGGUUGCCGCCGUUUAGCUAUAUUAAUCACCGUGGCUCAAUUUCCAUGCUACUAAAGGAAUCCAUCUGCCCAAUACACAUAUAAAUCAAUGUAUGGGCAGUACAAGUUUUAGCUUUGUAAUGCUAAUGGGACAAGUUUUGGACAUGCUAUUUUAUGUGGAUCCAAAAAAAAAAAACUAUACCAAAAAAAUUAAAUCUCUACUUCAGUA